AUGUCGCAUACAGAUCCCCGUGGCCUCCAGGGGCUCGAUACGCUCGAUGGGCUCCAUGAUGGGCUGAGAAGCCCCGACGCAGAGUCAUUGCGCUCAUUCACCGAGACGAUUCAAGAUGAAUACCACGAAUGGGUCAGCGAAUCUCGUCGAUCGUCACGAAGUGACCCGUUACUGGACAUCUUCCCCCAGCCACCGAGGAUGGAAAAUUUAGAUUCCAUUGACGAGGAAAAGAUGGAAGUGUAUCCCACACCGAAGCCAUCUAUCAAAAACCUGCGUCGCCAUGCUACGGCCAAUGACCUCCCUCUUCUCCAACAAAUCAAUCCAAACGAGGGAGCGCCAGAGUUUAAUCCCGUCAGUGAAGAGAACGGCUCAUAUGAUCUCAUUGCGCCUUACGAUGGGGGUGAUCUACCACUGUAUAAGCUGGAACGAAUUGCAGACAUCAUGUUCUCAUCCGAACAUAUGCUCACAAUCCUAAACAACCCCCGGUAUCUGGCCCGAUUUCGUGAUUUCCUUCUGGAAGAACGGCCGCGCUCGAUUUCUACCCUCACAUACUAUCUCAAUGCCUCCAAAGCGCUCAAGGCAAUUGAAUAUGCUAAUGCGCUCGUCCGGCUCUCGGUCGAUGUGCCCCCUCCAGUGGUGCAGACGGAUGGGGAAGCCGCCGGGGUGACGGUGAACCGAGUUUUGGAGCAGCGUGUUGUGGACGGGCUGCUGGCUCUGACUGCCGAGGAACUCCCUGCAUUCAUCACGUCAAGGUGUAUCUCCAUCACAAGCAAGAUCGUCGAGGAGCGAGUCCGAGGAACUUUGCCAAUGAAGUUCCGCGGGACUUCGAAUGCACUGGCAGAAGUAUUUUGCUUGACGGACCCAUCGCGACCUGACAAUCCAAUUAUUUUUGCAUCAGAAGAAUUCCACAGAACAACACAGUACGGUAUGGAUUACGUGCUCGGUCGAAAUUGUCGGUUCCUCCAGGGCCCGAAGACAAAUGCAAACAGUGUCCGUCGAAUUCGUGAAGCUAUCCAUGCUGGCCGGCAUCACUCGGAGAUGUUUCUUAACUAUCGUCGCGACGGCUCUCCGUUCAUGAACCUACUCCAGUGCGCACCCCUAUGCGACAGCCACGGGCGUGUCAAAUACUUCAUCGGCGCACAGAUCGACGUCUCGGGACUUGCAAUGGAGGGUGCCUCGAUGGAAUCUUUGAUGGAACUACAAGACAAAUACCGGGAUCCCGAUGAAGAGAGCACUGCGGAGCCACCAGAACCAGAAGAAAAGGAUGAGUUCCGGGAACUGACCGAGCUGUUCAGUCCGCGGGAACUCUCCGCUGCUCAACAGUACGGUGGAAACCUGUUCCAACCUGCGAAAAGCGUCGCGCCUCCACAUCGCCCGCGAUCAUGGUUGCAGCCAGACGCAUCGCUAGAAAGAGAGGCUGAAGCCAUCCGUCUACUUGAGAUGAAAUCGCCCUUUUUCCGGAUGUCAUUUGCCGGCGUGUACGAGAAUUACCUUCUCGUCCGACCCUACCCUUCCCUGCGGAUUCUGUUCACGUCGCCCGCCCUCCAGAUCCCAGGAAUGCUGCAAUCACCAUUCCUAUCGCGUAUCGCCAGUUCUUCAGCGGUGAAAGAUGACCUGCUACAAGCUAUGAAGGUUGGUCGCAGUGUGACUGCGCGUAUCAAGUGGACGACGCGAUCCAAUCCUGAUGGUCGCAAUCGCUGGGUCCAUUGCACGCCUCUACUUGCGAGUAAUGGUCAAGUGGGUGUGUGGAUGGUUGUAGUUGUGGAUGAUGGUUGAUGAGGACGGGGACGAGCAGGCACUUAAUUGGCACUUAGUUUAAUUGUCUAGACCUUUCCCAUGUAUAUAUUUCCUUUUUAUUGUGAAUAGAAC